AUGCGCUUCAAUCUUGUGAGCGCGGUUCCAGCCGCUCUACUAGCAUCCCAAGUAGAUGCUCGUCCAUCUGCCAGGCAAGUUCCAGAGGGCUUCGUGACAACCAAGGGCACCAAGUUCCAGCUCGAUGGUGAAGACUUCUACUUCGCUGGCAGCAAUGCGUACUAUUUCCCUUUCAACAACAACCAAGCCGAUGUCGAACUGGGACUUCAAGCUGCCAAAGAUGCCGGCCUCAAGGUGUUUCGAACUUGGGGCUUUAACGACAAGAACGUGACGUACAACCCCAAUGGCUUGCCUCAGUACGGAAACGAGGGCGCCGGCACGACCGAGGUUAUCUUCCAGCGCUGGGAAAACGGCACCCCGACAAUUGACAUCAGCGCCUUCGACAAGGUGGUCAAUGCCGCUGCCAACGUUGGCAUCAAGCUCAUUGUCGCCUUCACCAACAACUGGGCCGACUAUGGCGGUAUGGACGUCUACACUGUCAACCUCGGUGGGCAGUAUCACGACGAUUUCUACGUCCUGCCGCAGAUCAAAGACGCCUACAAGAACUACGUCAACACCUUCGUCACCCGGUACCGCGACUCGCCGGCCAUUAUGGCGUGGGAGCUGGCCAACGAGCCGCGCUGCGGGGCCGACGCGACGCGCAACCUGCCGCGCAGCGCCAACUGCACGACGGCGACGCUCAGCGGCUGGAUCGACGAGAUGAGCGCCUACGUCAAGAGCCUCGACCCGCACCACCUGGUGACGUGGGGCGGCGAGGGCGAGUUCAACCUGGCGGGCGGGUCCGACGACUGGGCCUACGCCGGCUCCGACGGCGGCGACUUCGACCACGAGAUCGCCCUGCCCAACAUCGACUUCGGCGUCUUCCACUCGUACCCGGACUGGUGGUCCAAGACGGUCGAGUGGGCCAACCAGUGGGUCCGCGACCACGCCGCCGCCGGCCAGCGCGCCGGCAAGCCCGUCGUGCACGAGGAGUACGGCUGGUUGACCCCGGAGGCACGGCUCGCGAACCUGGGCAAGGUGGCUGCCGAGAACGAGACCCGCGUCGCCGUCCUUGGCGGCUGGCAGAGUAUUAUGGAGGAGGCCGAGAUGCCGGACAUGUAUUGGCAGUUUGGCUUCUCCAACUUUUCCUACGGCCGAAACCACGAUGAUGGGUUCACGAUCUUCCUGGAUGACUCGGAGGCACAGCCUCUGGUAUACGAGCAUGCGGCUAGGGUCAACUCUGCGUAG